AUGGGUUUUCCAAGUACGUGGUCAAUAUUUUCACUGAUUUUGCUCAGUGUGUUGGGUCAAGAUUAUGAAACCAGCUAUUCGGACUAUGAGACAGAAGAAGAAGUGUUGCCAGAGGUUCUUUCAUUUGUUGUGCCUCAAGAAACAGACGCUUAUGUAUUUCUCCCAAAUGAAUGUGCCAAGGAGUGUCACUGUCCCCACUCUUAUCCAUAUGCGAUGUACUGUGACCAUCGCAAACUUAAAGCAGUCCCCGAUGUUCCGAGCCAUAUCCGCCACUUAUACGUUCAGUUCAACGACAUCGAAGCCAUUAUGGCAAAACCUUUCAGCAAUGCUACGUCUUUACAAAAUAUCAACCUCAGCCAUAAUAAGCUGAAAAAAGUUGGGAAAGAUGUCUUUGGUAAACUUCAACACCUCACACAGCUUCACCUUGAGCACAACGAUCUAGAGGAAGUUCCACCCUCGUUACCCCAAACUCUUCAGAUACUACACCUGGGCUUCAAUAAAAUCUCAAAGAUACCAUCCAACACUCUACAAGGCCUAUUGAAUAUUUCAGUGCUCGACCUAGGUAGCAACAGACUUACUGAUGGAGGUCUUAAAGGAAAAGUCCUGUCUGGCUUAAAGAGUCUUGUGCAAGUCAACAUGUGCAACAACAAACUUAAGACCAUGCCUUCAGAUCUCCCAGCAUCGCUGCUGCAGCUAUCGCUGGACAACAACUCCAUCACAUCUAUACCGGAGGGAUACUUUGGAAAGACCCCAAAAAUCAUGUCUAUUCGGGUGUCCAACAACAAAAUGAAUACAAUUCCUUACAAAACCUUUAACCUCUCACGACUCAUCGAACUCAACUUGGGUUAUAACCAACUCACACAACCCUUUUUCGUUCCCAAGAACUUGGAGCAUCUGUACCUAAACCACAACAACUACAAAGAACUUAACAUUACUCUAAUGUGCCCACUGCUGGAUCCUGACAGCCCCAAUAUGCUAACCUACAUUCGACUUGAUCACAAUAAGCUGAAAGGACCUGUGGACUACUAUGCCUAUGUUUGUUUCCCAAGGAUAAGGAUGAUAUAUUACGGUGAACAAGAAACAGAGAGCUAGUAUGAAUCACUAAAAAAGAUGAAAACCAAUGACAGGGUGCAAAAUGUCAGUCACUAAAAGAUUUCUAACAAUCAGAGUUGAUCAGAUAUCGUAAAC